AUGCUGCAGCUCACAGCUGACGAUUGCGCACAGGCGCGGCAUGACGUGCAUGGGGAGGGGGGAGCACAGCCAGUGCAGGAACAGGGCAUUGUGUCAAAGUGGCGGCAGAAGGAACGCCUCAAAACAACAGCAGUGGCGCUGGUGCUGUGCCUAAAUAUUGGCGUAGACCCUCCGGACGUGAUAAAGAUCUCCCCAUGCGCGCGGCUAGAAUGCUGGGUGGACCCUCUCUCCAUGCAGCCUCCCAAAGCUUUAGAAACCAUAGGCAAAAACUUGCAGGCGCAGUACGAGCGGUGGCAGCCUCGCGCCAAGUACAAGACACACCUGGACCCCACCAUGGACGAUGUAAAAAAGCUUGCCGUCUCCUGCCGCCGUUCUGCCAAGGCCGAGCGGGUGCUGUUCCACUACAACGGCCACGGCGUGCCGCGGCCGACGGCAAAUGGGGAGAUAUGGGUGUUCAACAAGAGCUACACGCAAUACAUCCCCAUGUCCAUCUAUGACCUGCAGGCCUGGGUGGGCUCGCCAGCCAUCUAUGUCUUCGACUGCUCCGCCGCCGGCCUCAUCAUCAACUCCUUCAGAGCAUUUGCAGAUCAGCGCUCCCAGGUGUCGAUCAGCGCCCUGCAGUCUUACCUGAUGCGCGAGGUGAUCCUUCUGGCAGCCUGCAGUGUGGGCGAGGUGCUGCCGCAGACGCCAGAUCUGCCGGCAGAUGUGUUCACUGCCUGCCUCACCACCCCCAUCAAGGCGCCAGUGGCGUUGAGGUGGUUCUGCUCGCGGUCGCUGCUGAGGGCAGAGGGCCUCACAAAGGAGCUCAUAGACCGGAUACCGGGGAAGCAGACCGACAGGAAGACCCCUCUGGGCGAGCUCAAUUGGAUCUUCACCGCCAUCACUGAUACCAUCGCCUGGAACAUGCUCCCCCGCAGCCUCUUUCAGCGCCUGUUCAGACAGGACCUGCUUGUAGCGUCGCUUUUUCGCAACUUCCUUUUAGCAGAGCGGAUAAUGCGUGCCGCCAGCUGUACGCCAGUGUCCUACCCCCGCCUGCCUCCCACCCACCAGCACCCCAUGUGGCAGGCUUGGGACAUGGCGGCGGAGAUGUGCCUGCUGCAGCUGCCGGCGCUGCUGAAUAACGACCCAGAGGCCGAGUUCCGCCCCUCGCCCUUCUUUGCAGAGCAGCUGACGGCCUUUGAGCUUUGGCUCGCGCACGGCUCCGCCAUGAAGCAGCCCCCUGAGCAGCUGCCCAUCGUGCUGCAGGCAAGUCUCUUGACUCCCCAGGUGCACAGGCUGCGAGCGCUGGUUCUGUUGGGGCGCUUCCUGGACAUGGGCAGCUGGGCAGUGGACCUGGCGCUCUCAGUGGGCAUCUUCCCCUACGUGCUCAAGCUGCUGCAGACCACCGCCGCCGACCUGCGCACCACUCUCGUGUUCAUCUGGACCAAAAUCCUCGCCCUCGACAAGUCCUGCCAGGCGGACCUGGUGAAGGAUGGGGGCCACCACUACUUCAUAAAGUACCUGGAGGGCGCGGAGCCGGGCAUCAGUGCGGAGUCGCGCGCGCAGGCCGCCUUUGUGCUGGCAGUCAUCUGCGACGGCUACCCGCGCGGCCGCCUGCUGUGCGCCGAGCAGGGUCUGCUGCCCAAGCUGCUCUCCCUCCUCGCCACUUCGGCGGGGGGACCGAACCUGCCGGCGGUGGCGCAGCGGGGGGCGACCAGCCCGCCCCUGCUGGUGAAGUGGCUGUGCCUCAGUCUGGGCCGUCUGGUGGAGGACCAGGCCGACCUCAUCGCGCAGGUACUGAUGAGUCAUUGGUGUGCAGAUGCGCUGUCACUGCUCUCCAAGCUGCUGCUCUGUCCUCACCCAGAAGUCCGUGCGGCUGCCGUCUUUGCGCUCUCCAUCUGCAUACAGAAUGGCGGCUCUGCAUCUGUCCCCGAGCACAGGCAGAGAGUGGAGCGCGAGCGCGAGAUUGCCUGCUACCUGCUCCUGGCUGUGUAUGAUGCCUCGCCGCUGGUGAGGGCUGAGGUCGCCGUGGGGCUCGCUAGGCUGGCAGAGGCACACGCCGUUUUGUUUCAGGUGCCCACACCUGCCAUAUCUUCCUGA